AUGGAUCUGAUGCAAUCUGACAAUGGCAGUGGAUGUGAAGAGGAGGACUGGAGACUAUCUUCUUCAGACUUCUUGGAUAAUUUCUCUAACCAAUCAGAAUCUCAGGGGGAGGAGUCAAUGUUUGGACUGUCUGAGUUAGUGUGUGUGACUGCGGUGUGCAUUCUGUUGAUGCUGCUUGGCAUUCUGGGUAAUAUGUUAACUAUCUUGGUGGUUUGGCUCCGCCCCCACAUGAGAAGCUCCACCUACUUGUACCUGAGUAGUAUGGCAGUGAGUGAUCUGCUGAUUCUACUACUGCUCCCCCUGGAUCUGUAUAAGCUCUGGAGGCCCCGGCCCUGGCCCCUGGGGGACGCGGCCUGCAAGCUGACCAUGUUCCUCUCCGAGUGCUGCACCUUCUCCACCAUCCUGCACAUCACCUUCCUCUCUCUGGAGCGCUACAUGGCCGUCUGCUGGCCCAUCCUCACCAAGACCUUUGUGACGCGCCAGCGUACCAAGGCCCUGAUUGGCUGCCUGUGGCUGGGGGCGGCGCUCAGUGCCACGCCCGUGCUGCUCAUGGUCGGUGUGGAGGAUCGAGGCGGGGGAACAGAGACCCCGCCGGACAACGCAGAGUGCCGCUGCACGGACUACGCAGCCACCUCUGGCCUGAUGUCAGCCAUGAUGAUCCUGUCUAACCUGUACUUCCUGGUGUCGCUUGGCAUCCUGGCCGUUGUCUACAGCCUGAUUGGACGUACACUGAUGCUCCGCCCCCCAAGCAGCCGAAGAGAUAAAAGCCAUCGGUACACUGUCAAGAUGCUCGGGGUCAUCGUCUUGGUGUUUGUCCUGUGCUGGCUGCCGUUCCACAUCGGCCGGACUAUCCUGUCCUUCUCCCUGGGCUCUACGAUGGACCCCUACCUGCUCUACCACCUGACUCAGUACUUCAACCUGGUCUCCUUCAUGCUGUUCUACCUGAGCGCCGCUGUCAACCCGCUGCUGUACAACCUGAUGUCGGGCCGGUACCGCCAGGCCGUGCGCAGCCUGACGCGCGGCCUGGUGCACCCCCGCAGCGGCUUGGGGAGCGCCGAGGGGAGCGGCGUGCGCACCCUGCCCCCGCCCCCCUCCACCACCACCAUGUGA